UCCCCUACUCAAAAUCGUGGCAACGCUUUUAGAAUUAGGGAUUAUCAGUUAACCAAUUGUUGUUUCCGUACAACAAUGGCGGAUCAUUCAGUGAAACCAAACACUAACUCUAAAUUGAGCUUUACGAGCCAAAAUCACAACGUUACAAAGAGAGAGAAGGAGAAGAGGAAGGAUAAAAAGUGUGAAUUUGAGUUCUGCAAGGUCUGUAAGCUGAACCACAACCAAGGGCCACGUCACAAGUAUUUCCCUAACCACAAAACCGCUCUCUCCUCUUUCCUAUGUCGAUUCCAAAACAAGAUCAAUGACGUUCGUUUCUUCUUGAGAAACCCUAACGUUCUUCGACCUGAGCAUGCGGAUCGCAAUCGGUUUUGGUGUGUCUUCUGCGAUACCGAUGUUGACGAGCUCGAUAGCUCUUUUGCUUGUGAAAAUGCUAUUAAUCACUUGGCGGGUGGGCAUCACCUGAAGAAUUUGAAGCAUUUUCUUUGGCAAUAUGGUGGUAAGAUGGACCAACUGGACAAAUAUAGGAUAUCGGAAACUGAUCUAACUAAGUGGGAGAAGAAGUGCGAGUCAUUGAAGGUUGAAGCAAUGGUUGCUCCUACCGAAGGAUCUGGACUUAAAUAUGGAGCUUCAAAUGAUAUCCACUAUAAUGUCAACAUUGAAAAAAUUAAUAAUCUUGGACAAAAUACUCUUAACAGUGUCAAACCAAGUUAUUCUAAUGUUGUUUUGCCUUUACAAUACAAUACAAAUGAGUAUCAGAUAUCUAAUUCAAGAUUCCCUGAAGUUUCGCACUUUGGUUCAAAUUUUCAUGAGGCUAAUUUUUCAAAUACAAGUUUGUUGAACUCGAAUGAUUUGAAAGCUAAUAGCAGUGGCCAACAAAAUCUUCUUUACAAUGGAAUAUGCUCAGGAAAUGCUUACCUCAGUGAUGUUGGGGGUUGCCAAGUGUAUCAGAAUGCAAGUAUGGUGAGCAGAGAAAGCAGUUCCCAGGGAUUGCAGAGCUUAACUCAAGUGUCUUCCAUUUCAACCAUAGAUGCUGGAGGAAAUGUGCAUUCUGGAGCACUCCCUCCUUGGCUUGAAGCUGCUGAUCAGACUUUGCUAAACAAUCAAGUAAAGCCGGCUUUAAGUAGUUUUAUUUCAUCAAACAAGUCACAGAAAUCCCGUAAGUUGAACCCAAAAAGGGUUGGGGCUGCUUGGGCUGAAAAGAGAAAGAUGGAGCUGGAGAAAGAGAAGAGAGGGGAGAUUGUUGAGAGUGAUUGUGAUGCUAACUGGCUUCCUAAUUUUGGUAGAGUUUGGCAGUCAGGUAGCAGAAAGGAAUCUAGAAAAGAAUUUGAUAUUGAAAAACAUAAGUUCCUCAAGGUUGAAAGCCAUUCUGAGAUGCCAGUUAAGAUACAGCCUUACAUCAGUAAACGAAUGCGAAAAGAUAUUGGUGAAUGAUGACUAGCAAUUGCACAAAGGAAAGACAACUGCAGGGAAGCUGACGGUUGAAUAAUCAAGAAGUAAAGCUGACGGUUCAAUAAUCAAGAAGUAUUCUUUUGUUUUACUCCUCUAUGGUGAAUUGAAAGUUUCACAAUGAGAAACUUCGAGGAAAGAGAAGAGUAGCUCAUGGACUCACGGUGAUUUCACCCCAAGAUAUUUAGCAACUGUAGCUAUUCCAUAAUUGUAUUCUUAUCACAACUCUGAAAAUAGUGUAUACUUUACAGCAUAAUAAAUAAUUUUCCAUUUCCCCUA